GCUCAGCCUCAGCCUCCAGCAUGAAGAAAAUAGCACUGGGAGGAAGCCACUAGUCCUUUCCCGUACUACUUUCUCUCUCCCCUGCCCCCCACUCAAACCAGUUUGGGGAAACCCGCUCCACCACCCAAUCCUCACACAAAUUAAAGGACACAACUGUCAGCAGAGACUGAUCCACUUCAAGAACCAGACAGGUCCCGUGCUCUAAUCUAUAAUCUAUCACCAAAAAGGAGGGGGAUGCCUGCUCCUCACCUGCCCAAGCAAUCAUCUCCACAACCAUAGGCCACCAGGAUGCCUACCUGCCAUUACUGGUGCCACCAAAGGCUGCCGGACAGCCUGCCUAUCUCUGCUGUUGCUAAAACCAACUGCUAGUAAUGGUAAUUGCCUUAAGAAUAUGGACAAGGGAGAUUCUGAAGGACAUUGUGCCAGUCCUUGCAAGAACCCUUGGCUAGCUAGUUGUGCGGAGAGCUACUAUGAGAUCACUAGAAAAAGCCAGCCAGAGAUGAAGGUUUGGGCUGAGGGCCAUGGUAUUACUGCUGGCUGCUGUCCUUACUCUGUUGGAGCUCAGAAGAGGGGGAGAGAGAGGGGCCUGUACCAGUAAAGUUCUUUCAAUGUGAUACACUCCUUUUUGAAUGGGUAUGCAUGAAAAAGAAAAGUAAUGGAAAGAAACCAGGGCUUCUGUACAGCUUAUUCUUCAGAAAAUGUUUAGGAUGGGGUCUCUAAAAUCCUACAACUGUGAGCAAUGUGGGAAUGAUUUUGUCAGCCGCACCGCCUUGAGGUAUCAUUUACGAGCAAAACAUCUUGGAAAAGUUCACUGUGAAAAAUGUGGUAGGGAAGUUUUGAGAGAAACACUUCAGGACCAUGAAGUGGCCAACCAUGAAAGGAUGACUGCUGAAAGACAAGGGUGUUUCUGGGACAUGCCUUCAAAGAGGGAAGCAAAAUUUGUGGCCAUAGAAAUGUCUACCUCCUGCAGGAUGUGCCCAAGGAAGUUUGGAACAAUCCACAGCAGGGAACACCAUGAGAAACAAGAUCAUCACUUCACAGCCAGCAAAAGAGCUCAAAUGGCCACUGGAUUUUCACCUGAUAAUAUCUUGGAUUAUAAAAAUCCAACAGAACUAAAGAGAUUUGUAGAAGAAAAGCUUCGACCCGUUCCAGGCCCUGCAAGCAUUGCCUGUGCAACAGAAAUUGAGGCAAUUAUUAAUUUGAUCAAGGAAUGCUUCCCAUUACCAAUAGCUCGGCUAAUCAAGGGAGGCUCGUAUAUAAAAGGAACUGAUACACAAGGCUGGUCUGAUGUUGAUAUAGUGCUAUUUAGUGAAGCCUUUGAAAAUCUAGAAGACUGCAAAAAGAAACUGCCAGAAGUUAUAGAUGAUCUUGGAAAAAGACUGAAGAAAUCUUCGUGGGCCAGCAGGAUAAUGAUGGAGAAAAGGAACCAGUCAUCCUUACGGUUUCAUUUCAAAUGCUAUAAGAAUCACCAUGGUCACUCGUUUGAUAUCAUGCCUUGCUAUGACAUGCUGGGGCCUGCACCAUCAACAGGUUUUAAACAGAGCUUUUACCACAAGAUCUAUCUCUGCAAUGACACUGAUGAAAUCCAGCUGUACUCAAUGUCCUUGCUGCAGUACCAGGUUGAGUUUAUCAAGGCAUCUACCAUGAAGGUGAAGGACCUGAUUCGUUUGGUUAAGCACUGGUUCAGGACUUCAUUUGCUAAACCAACAGCACAAAAUAAGUUUCGCAGGCUUCCUUCUUCCUAUGCUAUAGAGCUCAUCACAAUCUCCAUCUGGCAGCUGGCAGGGAAGCCAGUCUUUUUCAGCCUGAUUCAGGGAAUGAGAGCUAUCCUGAUGCUUCUGGUUAGAUACCCAGAAAUGUGCAUUGUUUGGCACAAACACUACAGCCCAAACUCUACAAUUUUCAAAAAGGCAUUCCAGAAGCAAACCAGGCCGUUCAUUUUGGAUCCUGCAAACCCAACAUUUAAUGUGUGUGAGAACAGCAACGCUUGGGAUGAAGUGGCUCAUGUGGCGAGACGGAGCCUCCUUAAGCCUCUUUUUAAUGGUGUGCAAGCGAAGGAACCCUGGCUUUUUACAAAUGACUGGUAAAAAAUGAGAGAAAAUGUUAGCCUGGUUGCAGUCCUGUCAAAUAGGUUUGCCAAUGCAUAUGACAAGUCUGCCAAUAGGAAUAUUCCAAUAUAAAGAAAUGU